ACCAGCUGAUAGGCGUAGUGGGCAGUGUCUAUGAACACAAUUGGGAAGUUAGGAGAUGCCUGUGGAUUAUUACUCUCACCGGUAUACGGUAACAAAUGGCUGAAGGAGGACAUGAGAAGUGGUGGGAGACUCUGAGAGAUCCCAGUAAGCUUAAUGAGCUUUCAGAGACUUGGAGUCUUGCUGGAGAUGCGGCCACAGCAACUCUUAUUCACAAUAUUUCUCAGAUGGUAAUAGACAGAACUGAUGCUGUGAACAAGCAACUGCAGAAGCUGGACCAAAAUGUCCACAGACUAAGCACGCAAGUAGCCAACACCAACACCAGCUUCACGUUGCUCUCACACUCCCAGUUCAUUGAAAACAGAACAUAUCGGGAGGAUGAAACGAGAAGUGCAGUUGUGCCUCGUAUCAAGGAUGAGACAGCGCCAAAACCCAACAGAGGAGCCUUGUGCAGAGAGGCCCUGCUAAUGGGCCUCUCAGCCGUCGAUGGGCAGUACGAGGCUCACCUCCUGCUGGACUCGGAUGAAGACGAUGCUGGACCUCCUGUCAGCCCUACGGCGCUGUACACACUGGCGCAGCCCUACGCGAACCGCCCUCUGCCCCACGUCAUCCUCUCGCCCGCCUUCCUGAGCGACCCUCACAUCGGUCUCCGUGUCAGCUCCUCCGACGACGCCGACGAAGCUGACGUGGCCGCUUCGUCCUCUGACGUCGACGAGGACAUUGGCGAUGCAAAUGUCUUCGCUAAACAAUUCACAGCCACUAGCUCCAACGCUGUGGAAGCGAGCGACACCGAAGAGGAGAUUGAGAGUACAGAACCAAAGUUACGGGACCAGCAGUCUCUGAGUAAUGGCUUUUCAAGGACAUCUCUUAUUGGCCCCUUCGCGGGACAUCCCCCGAACCCUGCGUCGAGCUCUUCCGUACCUCAAAACAGAGGGCCUCCGCCCCCUGAUAGCGAAGAGGACGAGUUCUUCAAACCGGUCUCGGUUGCCACGCCUGCUGCUAUAUUUGGUCGCGCUGCCAGAAAUGCUGCUCCUGCUGCAGCUGCUGCACCAAGGCCAGUCGUGGCGUCAUCGAGUGACUCAGAAGAUGACGGUCUCUUCAGCGUUGGGCGCCGGCGGCCUCCCCCCCUGCCUCGACCCUUGCCCCCCUCCAGCCGUGCUUCCAUCCCCUCCCCUGACGGGAGCUCCACGAGUGUAGAAAACGCCGUCCCGACACCACCGGUUCCAGCACCAGCUCCUCCACCACAAACUGAACUUUUUGCGAGCGACUCUGAAGAUGGUGACCUCUUCGGCAGACCUCCUCCCAUCAUAAGAGAUGCGAGAGAGGCGACCAACACACCUACCAGUAUCCUCACCGCCUCUGGGAAGAAGGUUCCUGCUGGUGGAGUGAACAUCUUCAACUCCGCUGUCACUGCAGCCAUCAACGAACCUAAAAGCCCUUCUCGGGGCCCUGCAGGAGUAACUCUUCCUCAAGCGAGGGCCUCAGUUGCGACUUCUGCUCAACCAACGCCGGCCAACUCGUCAGAACUCCAAAACCCAUCAAAAAGUAAUGGAUUGGCACGGUCCAACCAGAAGAGCUCAGAACCUCAAAGACCCGCCAGUAGCUUCGUCACUCCUACUGUCCAUCAGCCGUCUUUGCUUCCAAGCCACACGAUCAAUGCACCGUCAAUUCCUAGCAGUGCCGCGGCUCAACCCACUGGACUUGGAUUAUUCGACGACGACGAUGAAGACGAUGAUCUUUUCGGACACCCGCCUGGAAUAUUGAGCACAGCAUCCAAACAUCCCAACAGUGAUGCGCCAACAGCUUCAUCAGAGCCUGUGGACAGCAGUCGUGUCCCUGUGAUGACUCAACAGAGAGCCGCUCAGCAAACGGCCCCUAAAACAUUCGGAGGCAGUCUCUUUUCGAGCGAUGAGGAUGAUCCUAUCGCCAGCGCACUUACUACCCAACCUCGUGCUCCUGCAGCGGCCUCGGCUCCUCAAGUGACCCCGGCACCUCCAGUGACCCCGGCUCCUGAAGUCAAAAGUGAGACUCUACCCCCAGAUUUAUCGCAGGCUCCUCCAUCUCGCCCUGGGUUCCCGGUAACUUCCACCAGGACUGCCGCGCCGGAUACGUCCGACGAUGACGACCUGUUUAGUACGUCAGUCAGAGCUGCUGGUGUUCAGCCUCAGCCUGUUACAGUAGCUCAAUCGUCCACUCACAAAAUCGCGAGCUCUCUUGUUUCGGUUCCUGAGCCUCACGCUCCUUCGAAACCUGCACGAGUCACAAAUUUACCUCCUCUGAAAAGUCCUGUAAUUAAAUCUGAUUCAAAGAAAACAGGCUCUAUCAAAGAGCGUCCAAAAUUGAAUGAUGAACCCAAUGUGAUGAAGUCUGGCGGUCUCUUUAGCUCCGAAAGCGACGACGACCUCUUUUCCGCAGCUGUGAAGCCCACAGUCUCGAGCAGCGCUCUUGCUUCUCCAGCUCCUCGGCAGGAGAUUCAUUCCGAGACAAAAAACGUACAAUCGUCUGAAACCAGAGUUAGUAAUUUACAUCAAUCAGGUCCUAACAGCAUUAACGUUUCUGAGGCAGUAAAGGAGCCUAUUAAUUCAGAAAUGCCCAAGCCUCCAGCUACUGCGUCACCGCCAGUCAAAGAGGCUCCCGUCAUUAUUAUCCCAGCGGCGUCCAAUCCUGCCGCAGCCCCCGCGACGACUCUCGGUAUGGUCUGCAGUUCAAGUGACGAUGAAUUCCUGCCAAAUCGUUCAUCGCUAGCGACUCCGCGAAAUGCGUCUGUUUUUGCAGCGCGCUCAAGUGACGAAGAAAUAUUCCCAUCAAUACCCAACGUAAUAGGCAUCACUGGUGAAGGACCUGCACUUAGCAACACUCAUAGAAACAGAGUUUCUGUUCCGCAACCUGAGAUUUCGUUUGAUUCUACUCAAAAUGAUCCAGCCAUGUCUGCGAAUCUUGGCUCAGAGACCCCACAGAGGCUUCCUUCUUCUGAUGGAGAUGACCUAUUCGCCGAUGUACCGUCGACUGCUCUCGGUAGAAGCGGGCUGUCUCAGAUUACAACCUUAAGUAAUUUUACUCCGUCGGACGAUGACGAUCUUUUUGCCAGUGUAGAUAGGGCAUCAUCAGUUAAGUCUCCAGAGACACCUACCUCAGGCUUGGAAAACGCGACGCAUGAAAAAGACCUUAGAUCAUCGUUGUCUGGUGAAGUAGUUCCAGCAGCCAGGCAAGACGUUUCUUCUACUUCACCUGCAGUAAGCAAACAAGACGUUAAACCUCCAUUUAAAAUUGGGGAUGAGAGUUUGAUCCUGCCUGAAAGAAGCAAGGAAGACACUUUCCACUCAACUUCGACGGGAAUCAACUUCCAAGGCAGCAAUAAAAUGCUUGGAACUGACCAGUCCGAUAUUAGACAUGAUCCUUCUGUUACCAAUCGGCAGGAACCCAUCGACGGUAUAAAAAACCAUUCAGAACAAACAGACGAACUCGAUGCAAGUGCGUCAUCAGAGGACGUUAGUAGCUCUUCGUCACCUCAGAAGAAACGUCCUGUGGGCGGCGUUGCUCUUUUCGGAGGGUCGGAGCUUCUUGCAAGAGUUAACAGAAGGAGACAGAACUUGGAUGCUGCUGAAGCUUCCUCAAGCACGAGUUCUUCCCCGCCUCAAAUUUCGGAGCUUCGCCCUGCCUCAUCUCAGCCUCCUGGAGCAGAACAACACAUGCCUGGUUUGUCUUCGGUCAGGUCUUCUGCUGGCCCUGUGGGCUCCUCGAAUGGCCCUGUUAGCCCGCCAGCUGUCCCAGUUAGCCCUCCAGCUGUCCCAGUUAGCCCUCCAGCUGUCCCUGUUAGCCCUCCAGCUGUCCCAGUUAGCCCUCCAGCUGUCCCAGUUAGCCCUCCAGCUGUCCCACUUAGCCCAUCAGCUGCCCCAGUUAACCCAUCAGCUGUCCCAGUUAAUCAUAUGGCAUCCACGGUGCGUAAGCGUCCACCGGGAGCUGUUUCUUUGUUUGGGAAUCAAGAUGGCGGAGCGGAACUGUUCGCUAAACUCCGGAAACGACAAAAUAAAAUGUCCGAGUCUGAGGAAGAGAGCAUCUCUCCUCAGGUUGCUGCUUCGCCUUCAAGCGAAGAGGAACACAGCGUCCCUGUGAGUUCAGCGAGAGCAACCAAGGCUGGCGUUGCCUCAGCGUCUCCCACUAAACGCUUCCUGGCGUCGCAAGGACUCUUCGCUGCGACGCCCCGGGCUGGUCUGCAACCCGCAGCAGAGUCCGCUUCUUCUUUCGACGAGCCUGCGUCCAUUGAUGCGCUCACGAGCCUCAAUAAGGAACGUCCUCGCAUGAACCGCAAGCGGCCGCCGUCCAGAAGAAGUCGAGGCCCAACCUCAACCUCAAUUUCUUCCGAUUCCGACCAGCUUUUCGGCAACCCCAGCCAAGCCAUCGCCAGCCAUGCUAUGUCCAGCGAAGCUUCUUCCAGCCAAGCACUUGAGCCGAAUCAAGUUUUAGAAGCCAAACAGCGUGUGUUCUCUACAGAGGGUGACCACAAAGACAUUUCUAAUAAUAAUCCUAAUAAUAGUCCCCCAUCGACUGCAUCAGACCCAGCGACCGCCAGCAGCGGUGGUGACAGCGGCGUGUCAAGUCUUAAAAGCGAAGCAAAUUCCCCGAAGACGAGCGAUGGUCCCGAUGACCGUGACAGUGAAGCAACUCAAAACAAACCUGUACUCGCGAGCUCUAAGGAAGCUUUGUUUGCUUCUUCUGAAGACGAGGAUUUCACAUUCCAUCUUCCAGCUCCUAAAGUAAUAAGUUCGAGAACAGCUCGUCUUGAUGAAUCGCGUGCAGUUCCUGGGUUGAGUGGCAAAGGCCCUGCUAAAGAAAGCACUACGCAGCCCGUCGUCCCGUCCCUGAACAAACAAAACUCGUCGCUAUUGUCGAGUUCCGACUCGGACGAUCUGUUCAGUGGCGCUCAGCCCAAGAUGCACCCUGCAGGUAGUAACGUCGUACAUGUGCUAGGGAAUAAAGAAAUUACGCCAGCCUCUGUGGUUAAUUCGACUGCAGCUCCCUUACCACCCAUAACUUUAAAUAAACAACCUGUGACAACUCAUCGCACGUCCCUGUUCGCUGACGAUGAUGAUGACGAUUUGUUUAGCGGCGGAGCUCCUCCUCCCGUCAGUACCACAGCAGCCCUGCAAGACGCGGCGGCACCCGCGGCCAAGAGCUUCCCCAGUCCAGCGACCGCGCCAUCUCACGAGCACAAGCAACCUUUCAGCGACCCUCUUUCAGAUCUCCUCUGAUCCUUUCACAUCUCCUCUGAUCCUUACACAUUUUCUGUGAUCCUCUUUCAAGGUCUCUCGUUAUCCUAUUUCACAUUUCUCGUGAUGUGGCCAUGAUAUCAAUUAAUAGUAUUGAUAUGGAAUACGUCUGAAUAAUGAUAAAUGUCCUCAAAUGCGAAAUGGAAGCAGGGCUUAAAGAUAAAAUAAGUAAACGAAAAUUAAUUUUCAAAAUACUCAAGAAAAAUUAAUGAUCAAUUUAUAGUAAUUUUAUUCCUACCUGAACUGCACAUUGUUUAUGUCGUAAAAGCAUACCAGUAAAUUUUAAUCUGAUGAGGUAUGCUAGCUCGGCUAAAUGUUUGCAGAAUAAGUGUCAAUUAUUUGGCGUUCGUCUUGUGUUUCUUGGCUACUCGGAAUGCUUCGUUCAUUUAUUUGUUUAACCUUCGUAAGUAAUUGCCUGAUCAAAACUUCUAUAUCAAAUGUGUUGCGCAAAACACCUUCUUAUCAACGACGUAUUAUUGUGUUAAUGUAUUAUUUGAGUCUCUCUAGAUAUCUUUUAUUUAGAAUAGUUUGGCUUUAUCAUUUUUCUGAUAUUGAUGAAUAUUUCUACCAGAAGUUAUCUAUUGCUCGUAUUGCUGGCGCCGAGCCCUUGCUGACUUUGUAUGCGUCAGUAUCUAAUAUAAGUAUUUAUUCGCGUUGUUAUAUGAAUCUUCUAUUAUCUGCGAUGCUCAACAUUCCCGAACAAAGCCUAUUAUAUUCAUUUAUAUUAUCUUUAUUUAGAAAAUAUUCUAAUUUAUUUCUCUUCAGACGCUUUAAAAUUUUGUGAUGCUGAGCAGGUUAUUUACCUGCGGUCGACUUUGCUUUACAAAGUCUCAAAAAUAAUGGUUUUCUCGUAGAAGCUUUUUCUUAUUUUUAUGAGCUGAAAUUCUAUAUAUUGACUAUUUUCGCUCGUAUAUAAUAGCGCUUUUUAUUAUUUGAACUUUUAUUGUGCUAAUUUAUUUAUCUAAAUUAGUUAUUACUGUUGUUUAGACUGGUGUAGUGGUUCGGUGAUCUCAUUGGAGGAAGGAAUGAAUGUGGGAUAUCUUAUUGUCAAUGCCUCACUGCGACCACAAAUUGUCGAUUAUAUAAUAACUAUUAUAUAUAUAUAAUAGAUAUUAUAUCAUAGACCUCCUUCUAUAGACCUAACCCAUCUGUUUGCCAUCACGAGGUAUUUGAAGUAGUUAAGUAAUUUGACUUUGUUAUCGAACAUUUCAUGUGCCAAAAUAUCAACAAAUAGCUGAGUACUACACAAUAUUACAGUUCGAUUCAACUAUGUUCUACCGAAGAAUCCAAUUUUCUACAAUUCCUUAUUAUUUUCACGUCAUUCCUGCGCGUCUCGACCGCUAAAACAGUGCGGUGGUGUGCUCGUUUUACAGCAGAUCGCUUGCUCGCAACGCAUUUCUUUAUGAUUGAACUUCUAUCUUAGUAUUUUGUGUAUUUUCAUUUCAUCUUGUGACGACAGCAACCUUAUAAGUACAUGGUUUUAUUUUCUCUUAUACACGAUGCUCGAUUAACUUUUUGACGGUGCUAAAACUUUUGUUAAUGAGGGACCGCGUUACAAAAAAUCCAUUUUAAUCCAGUAAUUACUUCAGUCAAAGUGAUUGGAAUAAAGCGCAUUGUUUAGCUUUCUUCCUUAACUGAAUUUAGCAUUUGAUUUGGGUUCCUCACAACUAACUCUCCUUAUCACAGGCGCGAGUUCCUUAGAACUGACGUCCACCUGUCAGGUCAAUGUUUCAUCAGUUCCUUAACACUUGACAUCCCGUCCGUUAAUUGGCACUCCAUAAGAUGACACCGACAAAGGUGCUCACGGAUUGUACGGUAUUUAUUAGUGAAGUCACCUGACACUGCGCGCUUGUAUAUAAAUUGCGUGGUUCAGGACUGUGAUAUUGAGAGUGCCUUAUGUUAUUUAGCUCUCCAUAUGCUCCAUGUGUUGUUAGCAUGGCUUGUGUGGUGUGUCGUGCUGCCGUUCCGACGCACCUCAUGUAUUUUUCAAAGGCAUGUACUUUGUUAUUUGUUCUCAUGGAAGAAGUCAAUAAAACUAUUAACAUCAUAACAAAUUAUAUCCGAUUAAAUUAAUCUUUUUACUUCUAUAAGCUUCGAUGAAUAAUUGAAAAAGUCAUCAGCCUCGCCAUAUUUAUCUACAUGUUUUUUUAUUCAUUUUUUUGCGACUGUGUUGAAUUCCAACCAUGUAUGUAUAUAUUUAUAUAAUUUAUAUAAUUAAUAUAUUCACUUCAUUUGUUUUCAUAUCUAUCAUAAUAAAGAAUAUAGCAAGAGUAAGUCAUUUAUAUCUAUUUAUAUGCGAUAUCGAAAAUGAAAUCACUUCCAUGCACUUGUUACUACUUGUAUUUACGCCUCAGUUCUUCGUGCUGGCCGUUGUUACACUUCGUAUAUAGUCAAGUUAAAUUCAUCCGUAGAAUUUUUUUUGUAAGCAAAUCAUUGAUAAGCAGAACGUAUUCAGUUGCAUUGCAAACAAAGCUGUAUAUCACGCAGGACAAUCUUGUGUAGCCACGCAGUGUGUGUAUUUUGUAUAAACUGAAUUCUC